UCCCGUUUCGCCAAUGUCAAAUCAGCAAAACGCCUAACGGCCCUGCCCCAGAGAAACCCCAACUAAACUGAGUAAACUCCCAGCACAAAACCCCGAUGGAACAGCCAAAACCUCCAACCGAACAAAGCCAACAGACAAUCUCGUAAUUCACAAUCGGAACGAGAUAAGGAAAAUGAAUCGCUUUCAGCUAAAAAACAGAUACAGGUAGCAGUGGGGAAAUUCAAGUUAAAAAAUCCGGUUCUUUUGUGUCCUCAAAUUAACGCCGGCUCUCAAGAUUCAUGGAAGACGAUGCCCAAAAAAUGCUCUCGCUGAAGAAGGCGUACGCGAAGAUAAUCCUGAACACGGCAAAGGAGGCCGCAACGCGUGUAAUGGCUUCGGAGCGGAAAGCUCUCCGCUUUCAACAGGAUUUGCGUGCCACCAAGGACGAGGCGCUCCGAAUGCUCGUCCGCUUGAAGCAAACGUUCGACUCCAAGGAAUGCAGCAAGGAUGCUAUUGUACCUGGUCCCUUCCCUGCUUUUCAGACAACUGAAGCGGAAAUGGCAUCCUUAAUCCAGCAGGGAAGGAUAGAAGAGCUUGAAGCACAGCUCAAUGAGGCUGAGGAUGUGAUAGCAGGUCUUAGGACAGAUUUGAAACAGGUAUGGGGUGCACUGGAGAAGGUGAAAAGUAACCAAGCGCGACCUUUAAAUGGACAAAUUAAAAAGGAAGAUCCACCUUCUCAUGAAAGUGCAGCAUCUGAGCCCAUCAGCCCCAAUCUUUUAAACUCAGGAUUUGAAACCGUGACAAUUUCUGACAUGAAGAAUGCACCAUUGAAUGAGAGAGUUUCAGUUGAGGAGUGCUGUAAUACAACAAAAGAAACCGAACAAGUGGGCAUUUCUCUGUUGGAUAAUUAUUAUGCCAAUAACUCUGAUUUUGCCUCCAUACUCAUGAAAAUUGAGGAACCUGAGCUAUAUAGAAAAGGAUUUACACAGAGAGUUUGUGCAUUUGAAAGAGACUUCCUGGAUGGAGAAGUGCCUCCUUCUAGAGAUGAAAUUGAUCGACAUUCUCUAAAAAAGAAUGAGUUGAUCUCUAAAGUGAGUGAGAAUGAUGAAGUAAAAUGUCUUGAACCCUCUACUAUGACAAGCGACACAGAAAUGGUGAAUUCCUCAAUUGGUGAAGAAGUAAAUAACCGAAUUAAGAUCAGCACAUCACAAAGAAGAAAGAUACGAUUUGGGAAAGCCAAAACUACUUCACAGAUGUCUGGUCCCAGUCCUGUUCAGGUCAUGAAACUUUGUCAACCAUCUUCUUUUCUUUCAUUUUGUAACGCGUAUUCAGUCAACAGGAAUGUUAAAUCUGCUGAGAGCACCUGUACUCUUCUGUCUAUCAACACAGAAAAAGGGGAAGUUCACCAAGGGAAAGAAAAAGAGGAGAUGAAAAAAAGUAGGGAUGCCGCUGCCUCAGUCAGGUCUCCUUCUGAUCAGCUUAACAAACAUUGUCAGCCAUCUUAUGUUCUCUCCCAUUGCAGAACAUCUUCAUAUUCAACGAAUGGAAAUGUCAAAUCUAGCGAAGAGGGGUUGAAAAUAAAUGAAACUGAAUCCAAGAUAAAGCCAUUGACCCGUUUGGUUCCAGGAUUGACGUUAAUCACACGUGAUGUAGAUCCUAGAUUGGGCUCUGCUAAUAUUACUGUGAAUAUUAAGGCAAGUAAUGAAUCCGGAGUUGUCAAGAACGUAGGGCAGAAGGACAUGGAGUUGGGAGAUGAGUCUGCCUUGGUAGAACAUGAAGGUAGUGCUGCAGAGAAAUUGAUGAACCCAAGCUCAGAGUUGAACCUUGGGAUGGUCAACAAACCACUGAUAAACGCUAAUUUGAAAGAUGCUCAAGCAUCUGAAGAAAACAAUGGUUCUCCUAGUCAAGCAGCCUGCAACAGGCUUCUCAGGUACACCUUUCAGAGGAAACGAAAGAAGGAAUUAUUGAGCAAACCUGAGGAAGAUAUUUCUCUUGAAAACAGCACCGCUAAGAGGAGGUUGGGAGAGAACCAAAGAGAUACACAAAAACUACAAAACUCUAACUUAAUCAAUGACUCAUCUAGAGAUAGUCGUCGACUAGCUCAGGUUGCUCGUCAGCUAAUUUCUUUGUCCGGAAAAAGAUGGCGGUAGUAAAGGCAGCCGUUUCUUACAUCCAAAUUCCAACGAGUGAAUAGUUGGAUAUCAUUGGUCAUUCAAGAAACCUUAAUUUGUGAGAUGGUUGAGGUUGCUUUUUCUGAAGGAAUCUGAUAGGUGUCAGCUGGUUGCACACGCAGAGAGAGAGAGAGAGAGAGAGAGAGAGAGAGAGAUUCGGCAUUAAUGUUUAUAGUUUGGAAGUCUUUAGACACCAAUUUUCGUCGACAGAAGAGAUUUUACGCCGUUGGAUGUCCAUUCUUAACUUGAAUUCUUGUUUUUUAUUUUUUAUUUUUGGUGUAACCAGCUUUAAGUUUCAG